AGAGCCCGCCUCCACCACUCAGUCCAACGGUUUCAUGUUGACUGACAUUUGUCUAGCCCAAUAAGAGUGUGAAAAUGAAGCGGGUGGGCUAUAUGUUUGGCUGAGGCGACUUCUGUUCUACCUCUCGGGCCACAGACAUUCUGACCUGACAUUCGAGAGUGGUUGUUAUUACAGUCCGAUUCCAGCUAGGGACCUGUUUAGCGCUAUUUGUGUCACCUGGAAUUGUGUUUCUGUAGAUUUUUUUCGCGUUUAUGACGUAAGCGCAUGAAAUCUUUGGGGAGUUUCUGUUUGAAAAGGAAUCCCGGAAUAACGCUUGCUGCCGUGCUUCAUGCAUUUAGCUAGCUUGGUUUGCUCCCGGAAAUUGAUAUUUUUCCACAGAACAUCUGUAGACCUGAGGAAAUAAGUGUAAAUGUUAGAGUCCCAGAUUGCUAAUCUACAGGAUUCGUUUUUUGAAGAGGAAAUAUGAGGACACACGUAUAGUCAGUUUUAAGUUUACGAGAGGUGAGGCAAACUGUUUGCACUCCAAAACCUAAGAAGCAUCCAGAGGCAACACAUACAACAAUAGAAUAUUUACAAAAAGAUUCUCAUGAUUAAAGUAUAUUUGCAAGAUUGCUUGAAGUCUCGCUUGGAGAGGCAGUCAUGCUGAUGGAAGGAACAGGGCAGUUAUGAAUAUCUCUCUGGUUCACUAUUUGCAAAGCUUUGCUGAAACCUUUCUGCUGGAGAAAUGUCUUCAGAGUCAGAAAAGGAUAAAGAGAGGCUCGUUCAAGCUGCCAAAACAUUCUUCUUUUACAUGCAAGAUCUUGCUUCCUUCACAAAUGCACUCAUCGAAUUGUUCAACAGCACUAUGAGCACUCAGAUCCUCUUGAUGACUGUGGAGGAAGAUGGUAAUGUGAAGGCUGUCUUUGAACAAAUGCUCAAAAUUUUUAAGGAGAUGCACUCUGUGGUGGCGGCCAAGCAGGACCCAAUGCAAAGUGAACCUUUAAGUUCCAAGAUUGCAACAGCUAUGUCCUCUGUGGUUGAGAAGAGUAACAAUAUAAGGGAGUUGCAACAGUCAACCAAAGAAAUGUUCAAAAAUGCCCAGUCACCUAUCAUUGCCUCUGUGCUGAAUAGUGGUAACAUUCUUGAGAGUUUGGAAUCUUCUCUUUUACUCUUGAUGAAAUAUCCCAUCAUGAAUCUCCAAUUAAGUGACUUCUAUAGGAAAGGACAAUCAGAUGCCACCACAUCUGAGAAAAGUCCAGGUCCAUCCAAAGCCACUACAAUAGAUGCCUUGAAAAAGUUGCAGGAUGCACUCAACAUUGAGAAUGUUAAGUAUACCAUUAAGUCAGCUGCAGAUCAAAUGGAACAAAUUGUCAAAACUAUGGGACCAAUCUUAGAGGUCCUCCAAAAAGCCAUAAAAACUAUGGAAACCAAGCUUUCUGUGUUUAAGAAACCCAGGAACUAGUAGGAGUGCAACAGAAGUGUUCAUGCUGGUCAGAAAACCAAUUCAAACUAUGCAAGUUUUCAUAGUACUCUCUAAGACCCUCAGUGCCCAACAUGUGGUCUACUGGGACAUGAAUUCAAAGAGAAGUCACCUGGCAAACCAUGUACCUCAAGUUUUGCUUUAUUCAAAUAAAAAUAAAUAACCAAAGAAA